GUUUAUAGUUAACAAGUUAACCUCGCGACUCGCGUUUCACAUUACUGCACGUUACAUUUCAGGAAAGAGUUUAAAACUUCAGCCAUGGCAAACUUUUUGUUUCGGCGUCAGGUCUUCCAGGUACAUUACAUAAAACGAGAAAUUUAGGAUUAUUUCAAACAUUUUGAAUUCAUAACGCGUUAAUCUAAACCAAAGAGCCGGGCUGGAAAUUGCACACAGUUGGCGCGAUAAUAUUUAGCUAGAGAAUGUCUUCAGAAGAAGUGGAACGGGUUGAUGUGCUGGAGUUGUUCAAGAGCAAGAAGUACCUGAACAUAUCAGCGCCGAUGGUGCGCUACAGCAAAUUGCCUUUCCGAAAACUGGUGCGCAAAUACAACUGCGACCUGUGCUUCACACCCAUGAUCAUGGCUGACUCUUUUGUGGUCUCUGAAUUGGCCCGGUGGAACGAGUUCGUGACGGACGCGACAGACCGGCCGCUAAUCGCGCAGUUUGCGGCCAAGACUGUGGACGAGUUCGUCACGGCGGCCCAGCUAGUGUACCCGUACUGCGACGGCAUUGACCUCAACUGCGGCUGCCCCCAGCGCUGGGCCAUGCAGGACGGUUAUGGCGCGAAAAUGCUGCGGUCGCCAGAGCUGAUCUGCGAUUUGGUGAAGCAAGUGCGCGCCAGCCUGCCUCAGCCGUUUACUGUCUCAGUGAAGAUUCGGCUGCAAAGCGAUCGGAAGCAAAGCGUCGAGCUGUGCCGCCGUCUGCAGCAUUGUGGCGUCUCCUUUUUGUCUGUGCACGGCCGGACGGCAGCCGAGCGGCGCCAGCCGGCCGACCACGACGCGAUCGGGCUGCUCGCGUCUGCCUGUCCCGGCCUACCCAUCGUGGCUAAUGGUGACGUGGACAGUGUGCAGGUGGCGGAAAAGGUGCACGAGCAGACCGGGUGCGCCGGCGUGAUGAGCGCCCGCGGACUGUUGCACAACCCGGCCCUGUUUUCCGGCUUCGAGCAAACGCCUAUCGAGUGCGUCCGGGAGUGGGUGGACGUGGCCGUGUCCACGGGACUCUCGUAUGGCUGCCUGCACCGGCACAUUGAGAUGAUGCUGGAAGAGCAAUUGUCCGCCGCAGACAAACGUCUGUUGCACUGUAUGAACUGCCUUCCCGCCUUGCUCGACUUCAUGCAGCAAACGUACCCACAGCAUUUCCUUUUCUAGACGCCUUCUGUGUGCACUUUCCGGUUUGGGCACGGCCUCUGAGGAGGAGGAGGAUGAUGAUGUUCAGCAAGUGGAGGACGACACGUGGGAUGACACCGUUUUGAUUGACGCGUAUGACAAAGCGAUGGGGAUGGCGAUGAAAGAGGUGCAACGGCGACUUGACCAAGGAC